AUGGAUCAGUCUCUUAUCAAGCUCGUGAACAAGCUGCAAGAUGCGUUCAACAACGUCGGCAUCCAGAAUCCGAUUGAUCUGCCCCAGAUCACGGUGCUAGGAAGCCAAUCGUCGGGUAAGAGUAGUGUGCUCGAGAACAUUGUCGGCCGCGACUUUCUGCCCCGCGGUACGGGUAUUGUGACGCGCCGUCCGCUUGUGCUCCAGCUAAUUCACCGCAUGCCCGAGUCGGGCGAGGUGCGCCCCCGUGGCGAAGCCGGCACGAACCCCGAUGAGUGGGGCGAGUUCUUGCACCUCGGCGGUGAGAAGUUUUACGACUUUGACAAGAUUCGCGACGAGAUUGUGCGCGACACGGAGCUCAAGACCGGCAAGAACGCCGGUAUUAGUGCGCUUCCGAUCAACCUGCGUAUCUACAGUCCCCACGUCCUGACGCUCACCCUGGUCGACCUGCCCGGUCUGACCAAGAACCCUGUGGGUGACCAGCCGAAAGACAUUGAGCGCCAGAUCCGCGACAUGGUGCUCAAGUUCAUCUCGAAGCCCAACGCGGUGAUCCUGGCCGUGACUGCGGCGAACACCGACUUGGCGAACUCGGAUGGUCUGAAGCUUGCUGCCGAGGUCGACCCCGAUGGCACGCGCACGGUCGGUGUUUUGACCAAGGUCGACCUGAUGGACGCCGGCACGGAUGUGGUGGACAUUCUUGCUGGCCGUGUCAUUCCUCUGCGUCUGGGCUAUGUUCCUGUGGUGAACCGUGGCCAGCGCGACAUUGAUAACCGCAAGCGCGUCGCGGACGCGCUCGAGGCCGAGCGCAACUUCUUCGAGAGCCACCCCAGCUACCAGAGCAAGGCAUCGUACUGCGGCACGCCCUUCCUUGCGCGUAAGCUGAACACGCUGCUGAUGCACCACAUCCGCAGCACCCUGCCCGACAUUAAGGCCAAGAUCCAGACGCAGCUGUCCAAGUUCCAGAUGGAGCUGCAGGCGCUGGGCGGCACGAAUGGCGAGCAGAACAGUGCCGGUGCGGUGCUGUCGAUCAUCACCGACUUUUGCAACGAGUUCCGCACUGUGAUCGACGGUAACAGCAACGACCUGACGGUGAGCGAGCUGGCAGGCGGUGCGCGCAUCAGCUUUGUGUUCCACGAGCUCUUUAGCAACGGUGUCAAGGCUAUUGAUCCGUUUGACUCGGUGAAGGAUGCUGACAUCCGUACCAUUCUCUACAACUCGUCCGGCUCGUCCCCCGCGCUGUUUGUCGGAACGACGGCCUUUGAGGUGAUUGUCAAGCAGCAGAUCAAGCGCCUGGAGGACCCCAGCAUCAAGUGCUGCUCGCUGGUCUACGACGAGCUGGUGCGUAUCCUGUCGCAGCUGCUCGCCAAAAACGCUGCUUUCCGCCGAUUCCCUGCGCUGCGCGAGCGUUUCAAUUUGGUGGUGAUCCAGUUCUUUAAGCGGUGCAUGUCGCCCACCAACAAGCUCGUGUCGGACAUCAUUGCGGCCGAGUCGUGCUACCUGAACACAGGCCACCCCGACUUCCUCUCGGGGCACAAGGCGCUGGCGAUUGUGAGCGAGCGCCUGAACGCCACGCAGCCGAGCUCCACCCCCUCGACCGAGUACCGCAGCGGCCGCCCGAUUCCCCCGGGCAUGGCGAACAACAACAAGGAUUUGGACGUGGACCUGAAAGAAUCGGGCGGCUUUUUCGGCAGCUUCUUCCCCAACAAGAACAAGGCCGCGGCGAAAAAGGGCGCGAUGGAGGCGCCGCCUCCGAGUCUCAAGGCCUCGGGCACGCUCACGGACCGCGAGGCGAUGGAGACGGACGUGAUCAAGCUGCUGAUUACCUCCUACUUCAACAUUACUAAGCGGACGGUCAUUGACAUGAUCCCCAAGGCGAUCAUGCUCAACCUCGUGAACCACGCCAAGGAGGCGAUGCAGCGCGAGCUGCUCCAGGAGCUCUACCAGCCCGAAGUCCUCAAGGACCUCAUGAAGGAGUCUGACCACGUUGUCGCGCGCCGCCGCGAGUGCGUCAAGAUGAUCGCUGCGCUGGAGACCGCUUCGGAGAUUGUCGCGACCGUGUAG